AUGAGUGAUAGAAAGUCGGGGAGUUUGUCAAGUAACAGGAGAUUACAAAGAACAAUGAGUUCAUUUAGAAAUAACCAAGACUGUGGCCUUAUUAAUAAUGAUUUCGCCUCUUUUGAGUUAAAUUCUAAUGACUUAUAUAGAUCUGAUAAUGCUCAUUGUUCUGUAUCAAAUUCAUUGUCUUCAAUUACUGAUACAAGAAAUCGCGACUAUAUACCAGAAGAGUUUAACAGCUUUGGUAUGGGAAAGAACAAUAGCCAUAAUGGACUUGGCGUAGGACAUGUCAAAUCUAGUAUAGCUCAAGAUAUUUCUAAUGGAGAUAACAUUUUUCAUUCUUCAGGAAGUGGUUCACUAUUGUGGGAUAGACAAUCUGAUAUUCCUCUAGUACUUGAACAAUUUAGUUCGAAAUCUGCAUUUGAAAUACACGAAGAUCAGGAUCCACGACCUAAAUCAAUGAACUAUAGUGUUGAUAACUUAGGUGAUAGGAGCUUGUGCUCAUGGGAUUACUCAAAUUAUACCUCAGGUUCGCUUUUCAGUAGUUACCCAGCUGAUAGGAAUAUAUCUCUGGAACCUAGGGUAUACAAAGAUAAAUUUGACUAUGGAGUACAUAAUUGGAUGGAAAAUAAUGACAAUUCCAGCAAUGAAGAUACUAAGAAUAAGGAUUCAGCAUUCUACUGGAGUAACGGUAAUCACCAAAUAGAACAAUCUUAUGAGAUUAGGGGAAUUGGAAGAUUAACUCAAAGGGAAUAUGAAGAUAGUUCUAGAGAGAUACGUAUUAGGAAUGAGGCAUAUAUGAGUGGAAAUCAAUACUUUAGGCAACGGAAUUACAAUAUUGUACAUGGUUGUGACUAUGACAAGACUAACACAAAGGGAACCAAAUAUUCCGGUGAUAAACUGUCAAGCACAGCUUUCACUGAGGAUAAUUUGAAAUCUAGAAAUAUAGGUGAUAUGGCUACUUCACCUUUAAAUGACUACUCAGUUUUUAAUAGAAAUAGGUUCUAUAUGUCUGAAGCAGAAAGAGAUCUAAACGCUCAAGGAUUUAUUAGUGAUAUGACUCCUUUGGGGAGUAAUACCCCUAUAACACGACAAUUACAAAUGAGUGGAUUUAAUAGAGAUUUGUAUUCACAAUUCAAUUACUUUACUAAUGAUGAAUAUAUAAAAAUUAACCAGUUCAAUAGUAGGUCUGUGUUUGCUGAUAGUCCCCAGAGCAGUAGUACUUCGGAUGCAAUUUUGAAUAUACAAAGAGAUGGCUUUGGUUCAAACAUCAACAAUAAAACAAUAAUACAACAGGGUGAAAUGAACAACUUUACUAAAAAAAGUGGAGUUGGCAAUUUUAGUGUGGAUAAUAUUGCAACUUUAGAUAAUAAUAAAAGUAUUUAUCCACUUAUGGGUCACUUUCCACUUAAAAGUGCACUACCUACAGGUGAAUAUCUCAGCGAUUAUAUUAAUCACUACCAACAACCUUCAACAAUAAAUAAGGGGAAUAAUGUUAAUUUCCAACAUUAUGCUCCUCACUGGAGAAGUGUUGAUAUAGAGGCUAAUGACAGUUUUAACAAAAAUAAGCGCAAUUUAGCUUUUACGUGCAAAGGAAGUGAGCAGACAUCUAUAAGUAUUCAAAAUUCUAAAAUAUUACUACCAAUAAAGGUAUCUUCUAGGGGGUCCAGCAAUUCUAGGUUUCCACCUCCACCACCUCCAGUACCUUCAGUAGGAAUGUGGAGAUCUCAAUUUAAUAAUACAUCCUUAUACUCAAAUGCUGCAACAUGUAAGAACUUACCAGUGAGUAGCUUGCAACAGUUCAGACAGCAACAAUCUGCAUAUUAUUCAAAUUCUCUAUCUGUAAGCAAUACUCACAAAAAAAAUCCUAAUUCUAUGAAAAUUGGAUAUCAGUGUAGCACUAAUUAUUCAUUAAAUUCGAAACAAAACUCUUCUACAAUACCUCUUCCUUUACCAGAGAUAUACAAUAAAAUAGAACUCAAUAGCAGUGUUUCACCUAAAAUAGCUAAGAAACGUAGUAAUUCCAAUCAAUCACAGAAUUUGCGAAAAGAUGGGGUCUUACCAAAUGACAAUUCGGUAUCAGCGAAUAAAGUAGGGGGGCUGAAUGGCAACAGGAGUAUAGUAUCCCCUACUGCAGUGUCAAUUAAUAAUGGUCUGAAUUUACCUAAAGUCUUACCAUCUGGAGAUGAUAGCAAUUUAAUUUUGUCCCAAUCAACUACUCCCUCUACAAUUGCUGCAUUGUGGGCUAAAGCUAUGAGUAAAACGGGUGGGCGCAAUAGUUUCAACAAUAGAUUUCAGAAGAGCAACUCGGGAUCUAGUGCUUUUAAUACUGAGAAUAAUGAGACUGGUGCAUACGAGACAGAGAUCAUAACAUGUGCAAGAUAUUCUUCCUUUUUGCGAAAUAAUUCAGGUAGGCUGCACUGGCUUAGAGUAAUGUAUCACUACUUAGACACUGUUGAAAUUAGUGAGAUUCGAAACCAAAAUAGAGGGAAUAAAGCUAUUCGAAUGGUCGCAAUGGAUGAUAUUGCGAUUGAAGCUAUUUCUAGGUCUUUUGAUCCUUCUGAAUGCGCCUAUUGGUCAGAACCUGAAAAUGGGGCUUUUGCUCACAAAAAUAUCAGAUUGGCUUUAGCACACAAGGUAGGUCAUCGUACUGUGGCAAAUCCACAAAAUUAUGUGACGCAAAUCUUAACUGCCUCUUUAGAUCGUGCUGUUUCUACAUUGUUAAAUACAUUGAGGGCUAUUGAUGAUAGAGUUAGGUGGAUGUCUAGUGGCGUUAGUAGUAAAGGUGGAACGAUUCCUGGAGGUGCUUCUAGUAUAAAUAAUAAAAUAAUAGGAGGUGAUACCAUAGCAGAAAACACAUCCAGACAACAUUCUGCUAGAGGACUUUCAUUUGGUGGUGAAUCUGCUAGUGUUAAUCAUGGCAAUAACACAAAUAGUGCCUUUCCAGGCAGAGUCUUCACUGUUGGAGUAAGAGAAGCUAUGAGGUGUCUACGACAUAAGAAAUUACAGGCACUAAUUGUUGCACCCGAUAUUGAAGGUGGUGAUAUUGAAGGAGGAUUAAGACAUCAUGUUAUACAUAUACUUAUGCAAGCCCAAGAAUUUAAUAUCCCCGUUAUUUUUGCCCUAAAUAGACAUAGAAUUGGACGAGCAAUGGGUAAACACAUGAGGAUGAGUGUAUUGGGCUUAUUAUCAACUCGUGGUGUUGAGAGACAGUUCCAAACAGUGGCACAUACUGCGAAGGUAUUGCAAAGGUUGUAUAAUUUCUGUAUAGAGCAUGGUUUGCAACCUAAUGAAGACACAUUUAAGAAACUUUCAAUAUCAAUUAACAACUACUCCAACUGA